CAAGAGGCCCAAAAUGUUGACGUGUGACGUGUCUGUCAGAUUUGUUUUCAAAAGUGAAAAAAAAAUUAUAAGUGGACUUUUUAGGAACAUAUAAUGGAGGCCGAAUCGAAUACAGAGAAGAGUGUUCUGUCGCGCAUUAAUCUGUUUAACCAGCACGUGGAGGAGCAUAAAAAGUGGCAGCGCAUUAAUCCCUUCUCACAUUACAAUGUGCGCGAUAUGCCCAAGCAAAGAAUUCAUAAAGACCAGUACGGCACUGCACCCGCUGGCAGCCUCUCUGAAAAGCGGGCGAUUCAGGCACAGAUCCUCUCCCUUCAGGAGAUUCUCCAGCUCUGCGGUCUGAUCAAUGAAAAUGGUGAACGCCAGUCGGCGGAUGAAACAGCAGAGGUUAUCCUUAGAUUUGGCGAACUCUUUGAGAUGUACAACCACAUUUCUGACAAGCUGCUUGGUACGCUGUUGUGUGCGCGCAAGCACAAAUUCAUUGAUUUCGAGGGCGAGACACUAUUUCAGGGUCGUGACGAUAAGCAAAGCAUUCGUCUUUUGCACCCUUUCGAGGAGCUAAAGGAGAGCAUUUUGAGUAAAAUUGAGAGCCUGCGCUGCAUUCUCGCUGAGCCCGUUAAGCAACCGUAGCUAUGUAACAUGACGCCUCGCUUUUGUAGGUGGCACAUGGCACGUGGAACUUGGCUGUCAUACAAUCGCUGACCCGUGUCAUCCGUGGCACACACCACAGAGGCACGUGCGCCACUCUCUAAGCCUUUAAAAGUUAAUUCAAUUAACGUUUCGGCUGCCUGAAGCCCACUCAGCCCCAAGGAUCCCAAGGCAAGGCCAAGCAAGCUUGAUUGUUCAGCUCGCAUACCCAAACGGCGCCCUGUUGUGAUCUGCGAAAUACACCUGCCGCUCAAAGUGUCACCUCGGAUACACAGCUAAUGUAUCAAGAAAACAAUUUAGGCAACAUUUAUAUGCAAAUAAAUAUCUUUGAAAAGCC